AUGUCUAUAUCAACUUUCUAUAGAAAUCGGCCAUUCUCUUACAACUUAAGUCGUCUCUACUGUCAGACAAUUUAUUAUCCGAAACGUUAUAAUACUUCAUGGCAAAUAUGGAAAAAUACAGAGAUUCAGACACCGACUUAUCCUUAUCGUGCAGGAAAUGUAUCAUAUAACUUUUCUUCUGAAGAUUUACCUCAAAAAUGUCAAACUGUAAAUGCAAUGUUAUUGUUGACAGAAAAAACACCUCCCCGACAAGUUCAAAUGUUGGUUCGUGAUUUCAUUGAAGAUUCUAUUUAUAAUCCGUUUUAUGGAUAUUACAAUAAGCAUUCUUGUAUUUUGUCAAUACCAACGUCAUUUGAAUUUUCGAAAAUAAAAGACAACAAUAGUUUUCAAAAAGAAUUAGGAAAAAUUUAUGAAAAUUAUGAUAAAAUGGCCGUACAAAAAGGUGCAAAACUUCCCAUUCAGCUAUGGCAUACACCAACUGAGCUAUUUAAACCAUAUUAUGGAGAGGCAAUAGCACGCUAUAUACUAACACAUUAUAAACUAUCUUAUUAUCCAUAUGACGAUUUAAUAAUAUACGAAGUGGGAUCAGGCAAUGGAACGUUAAUGUUAAAUGUUAUGGACUACAUUGAUCGCAUGGAUCCGGAUGUGUACGCACGAACAAAAUACUAUGCAAUUGAAAUUAGUCAUCCAUUAGCAACACAACAAAUAGAAAUGUUAAAAAACACCAAACACUAUUGUGAACAUCAAGAAAAAGUUGAAAUAAUUAAUAAAAGCAUAUUUGAUUGGAAUACAUUAAAUUCUAAUCCUUGUUUUUUCAUAUUAUUAGAAGUAUUAGACAAUUUUCCACAUGAUUUGAUACGAUAUAAUCCAAUAACGCAACAGGCAUAUCAGGCAUUAGCUGUUAUUGACGAAAUAGGAGAUAUUCAUGAAUUUUAUUCACCCAUUUUAGAUCCAUUAAUUAUAAGAUAUCUCUCAUUGAAAAAGAAAAUCACACAGACAUAUAAAAGUAAAUACAAUGACAUUUCUUAUCUUAUAAAACGAUUAAAAACAUAUCUCCCUUUUUCGGAAAACUUAAUUGAUCCAGAAUUUAUACCUACGAAACAACUUCUUUUAUUUGAUAUUCUCCGAAACUAUUUUCCAGAACAUAAAUUAAUUAUAUCUGAUUUCUUUUCUCUUCCAGACACUAUUCAAGGUCUUAAUGCUCCAAUAGUCCAGACACGAUUUUCUGGUAUGACAAUUCCAUGCUCAACAUAUUUAGUAAAACAAGGAUAUUUCGAUAUCAUGUUUCCAACAAAUUUCGAAGUUCUAAAAAAUGUAUAUAAAGCAACAUGUUUACAACCAGGAGAAAAUAGACAUAUAGAAAUCUAUACUCAUAGAAGGUUUCUUGAACAAUGGGCAGAUAUUGAAACAACCAAAACAAUUAGCGGUGAAAAUCCAAUGUUAGAUUGGUUUGAAAAUGUAAAAAUUCUUAUCACACAAUAA